UCGUCUCUUGCGAGAAUAUUCUGCCCGGUUUCUUGGAAAUUACAUUGAUUGACUUUGAUUAGGAAUUAGUGAUAGGCUCCGGUGUUUUAAGCGAGUUGGGAAGAAAAUCAGAAGACGCAAUUCAAAAGUGGUAGCCGCCCACGAAAUAAUGCAAAAGAGAAAGCACCCCCUCGCAUUCCCUAAACCAAAGCUCCUCCGUACAACAGCAUGGAAACGCUGUGAGAAAAGGCAGAGGCUGAAAAGACUGAACAGUAGGUUGAAGAGGAUCAAAUCUGACAACGUAGAAAUAAGCGAAGAGCAGAAAGAGAUCAAAGAGAAGCAGACGGAAUUAAGAGGAAAAUUUGAAGCCGUUGACUUGGAACGUGCGCAACUUCAGAACGAGACUAGGUUGAUAAUACAGCAGAGUGCCAGAACCCAGAUCCGCUUAGCUCUCAUGUUCCAGAUCUUGAAAGCAAGAGAAAACCUGGAACUUGACAAGGCAGCCUUGCUCACUAAUGCUCUUCGUGAAGUGAUAGCGAGGGAAGAGCAGGACAUGAAUGGUUGCAAAAAAGGUUGGAGAUGGAGCCGAGCUCAAUUGUUGUUGUUGAUUUUCUUUUCGUGUCUGUCAUCCGACUUUCAGUACUAUCUGUAUCUUCACGUUUAGGUAGUAAGUUUGGAUUAAAUAAAAGUUCAUGUUAUUGUAUCAGCCGCAGGUCAUACUGCAACACGAACCAUCAAUGUUUACAUUUACCACGAAA